GCCCGCGCCCGCGCCCAUGGCGGUGGCCGAGCUCUACGCGCAGUACAACAGGGUUUGGGUUCCUGAUCCUGAAGAAGUUUGGAAGUCUGCUGUGAUUGCAAAGGACUACAGAGUUGGUGACAAAGCCCUGCGACUGCUGCUGGAGGAUGGAACGGAGCUGGAUUACUUGGUUGACCCGGGAUCACUGCCUCCGCUUCGGAACCCUGACGUCCUCGUUGGCGAGAAUGACCUCACGGCCCUCAGCUAUCUCCAUGAGCCUGCCGUGCUGCACAGCCUCAGGAUCCGCUUUGCAGAGUCCAAGCUCAUCUACACCUACAGCGGAAUCAUCUUGGUGGCCAUGAAUCCCUACAAACAGCUGCCGAUAUAUGGAGAUGCCAUCAUCCACGCCUACAGUGGGCAGAACAUGGGUGAUAUGGACCCGCACAUCUUCGCUGUGGCAGAAGAGGCCUACAAGCAGAUGGCCAGAAACGGUAGCAAUCAGUCAGUAAUCGUAAGUGGGGAAUCCGGAGCUGGGAAGACAGUGUCUGCUCGCUAUGCCAUGAGGUACUUUGCCACUGUCAGCAGGUCAAGCAGCAGCACCCACGUGGAGGACAAAGUCCUGGCGUGCAACCCCAUAACUGAGGCUGUGGGAAAUGCCAAGACCACCCGCAACGACAACAGCAGUCGGUUUGGGAAAUACACGGAGAUCAGCUUCGACGAGAGGAAUCAGAUCAUAGGUGCCAACAUGAGAACCUACCUCCUGGAGAAAUCCAGAGUUGUCUUUCAAUCAGAAAACGAGCGGAAUUAUCAUAUCUUCUAUCAGCUUUGUGCAUCUGCCCAGCAGUCAGAAUUUAAACAUCUUAAACUGGGGAGUGCAGAAGAGUUUAACUAUACAAGAAUGGGAGGCAAUACUGUCAUCAAGGGUGUGAACGACAGAGCUGACAUGGUGGAGACCCAGAAGACAUUCACACUACUGGGCUUCCAGGAGGACUUCCAGAUGGAUGUUUUCAAGGUCCUGGCCGCUAUCCUGCACCUGGGAAAUGUUCAGAUCACUGCAGUGGGCAACGACAGGUCCUCGGUCAAUGAGGACAACACUCACUUGAAGGUGUUCUGUGAGCUUCUGGGCCUGGAGCAUAACAGCAUGGCUCAGUGGCUGUGCAAUCGUAAAAUUGUGACCACCUCAGAGGCAGUGGUGAAACCCAUGACCCGGCCUCAGGCCAUCAACGCCCGGGAUGCAUUGGCCAAAAAGAUCUACGCUCAUCUGUUCGACUUCAUUAUAGAGAGAAUCAACCAGGCAUUGCACUUCUCAGGCAAGCAGCACACUUUCAUUGGUGUUUUGGACAUUUAUGGUUUUGAAACCUUUGACGUGAACAGCUUCGAACAGUUCUGUAUCAAUUACGCCAAUGAAAAGCUGCAGCAGCAGUUCAACCUGCACGUCUUUAAACUUGAACAAGAAGAAUAUAUGAAGGAAGAUAUCCCUUGGACUUUGAUAGAUUUUUAUGACAAUCAACCAGUCAUUGACCUAAUUGAAGCAAAAAUGGGCAUUUUGGAGUUACUGGAUGAAGAAUGCUUGUUACCUCAUGGAACUGAUGAAAAUUGGCUUCAAAAGCUGUAUAAUAACUUUGUCAACAAGAACCCUUUGUUUGAGAAACCUAGAAUGUCAAACACCUCCUUUAUCAUUCAGCACUUUGCCGACAAGGUAGAGUAUCAGUGUGAAGGCUUCCUUGAGAAAAACAGAGACACUGUCUAUGACAUGCUGAUUGAGGUCCUGAGAGCAAGCAAGUUUCAUCUCUGUGCCAGUUUUUUUCAAGAAAGCCCAGUCCCUUCUUCCCCCUAUGGCGCAAUGAUCACAGUUAAAUCUGCAAAGCAAGUCAUCAAGCCAAACAGCAAGCAUUUGCGGACCUCAGUUGGAAACAAGUUCCGCAGCUCUCUGUACUUGCUCAUGGAGACCCUCAACGCCACCACGCCCCACUAUGUGCGGUGCAUCAAGCCAAAUGAUGAGAAGCUGCCAUUCGAGUUUGACUCCAAAAGAAUUGUCCAGCAGCUGCGAGCCUGUGGUGUUUUAGAAACGAUUCAUAUCAGCGCCCAGAGCUACCCAUCCAGGUGGACAUACAUCGAGUUUUACAGUCGCUACAGCAUCCUCAUGACCCAACAGGAGCUCUGCUUAGGUGACAAGAGGGAAGUAUGCAAGGUGGUCUUGCACAGGCUCAUCCAGGAUUCUCAUCAGUACCAGUUUGGUAAAACCAAAAUUUUCUUUAGAGCAGGACAAGUGGCUUAUUUAGAGAAACUUCGAUUGGAUAAACUGAGGCAAGGUUGUAUUAUAAUCCAAAAGCAUGUCCGGGGCUGGCUCCAGAGGAGAAAGUUCCUCCGAGAGAGGCGCGCUGCUGUGGUAAUCCAGCGGUACUCCCGGGGUCAGCAAACAGUGAGGAAAGCCAUCACCGCAGCAGCCUUGAAGCAAGCCUGGGCAGCCAUCGUCAUCCAGAGACACUGCCGUGGACACCUGGUCCGCAGUCUAUACCAGCUGAUCCGGGUGGCUACCAUCACCAUCCAGGCCUACACCCGGGGCUUCCUGGCAAGGAGGAGAUAUCAGAAGAUGUUGCAGGACCACAAGGCCGUGAUCCUGCAGAAGCAUGCACGAGCAUGGCUGGCCAGGCGGAGGUUCCAGAGCAUCCGACGGUUCGUGCUCAACAUUCAGCUGACCUACAGGGUCCAGCGUCUGCAGAAAAAGCUGGAGGAUCAAGGCAGAGAGAACCACGGGCUGGUGGAGAAGCUGACCAGCCUGGCUGCUGUGCGGGCCAGCGACAUGGAGAAGGUUCAGAAGCUAGAAGCCGAGCUGGAGAGAGCAUCCACCCACAGGCUCAACUACGAAGAGAAGAGCAAGAGAUACAGGGAUGCGGUGGAGGAGAAACUAGCCAAGCUUCAGAAGCAAAACUCAGAGCUGGCAGCACAAAAGGAAGAAACAGAGCAGAAGCUUCGAGAGACGACCCAGGAGCUAAAAGACAAAAUGGAUGACCUCACCAAGCAGCUCUUCAAUGAUGUUCAAAAAGAGGAAAGACAAAGAAUACUUCUGGAAAAAAGUUUUGAGCUAAAAACGCAGGACUAUGAGAAGCAGAUUCAGUCUUUGAGACAAGAAGUUGAGGCACUCCGGAGUGAGAAGACCCAGCUACAUCGUCGGCUGGAGGAGGAACGAGUCACCUCUGAUAGCCUGAAAGGGGAAGUGGCUCGCCUGAGCAAGCAGGCAAAGACCAUCACUGAGUUCGAGAAGGAGAUCGAGCUGCUGCAGACCCAGAAGAUAGAUGUGGAGAAGCACGUGCAGGCGCAGAAGCGGGAGAUGAGAGAAAAGAUGUCAGAGGUCACAAAACAGCUUCUUGAGAGCUAUGACAUCGAAGAAGUAAGAAACAGGCUCUCUGUGGAAGACUUGGAACACUUAAAUGAAGACGGAGAACUGUGGUUUGCCUAUGAAGGACUAAAGAAAACAACCCGUGUUUUGGAGAGCCAUUUUCAGUCCCAGAAAGACUGCUAUGAAAAGGAGAUUGAAGCUCUGAACUUUAAAGUGGUACAUCUAACCCAAGAAAUCAACCACCUGCAGAAGUUAUUUAGAGAAGAGACUGACAUCAAUGAAAGUAUCCGUCAUGAAGUGACCAGGCUGACUUCGGAAAACAUGAUGAUCCCAGAUUUUAAACAGCAAAUUUCAGAGCUAGAGAAACAGAAGCAAGACCUUGAAACCCGCCUGAAUGAACAGAUGGAGAAGAUGAAAGGAAAACCAGAAGAACUGUCUACUCAGCUAACUCUCGGGCAUGAAGAAGAAAGAAUACAGAGAAGGGCCACUGAAAGUCAGAACAAAAUGCACACCAAAGCAAACGAGAAGCUGACAGAUAAGAUCCAAGAACUGCAGGAGUCCAGCGCACUCUUAAAGGAACCUGCUGAAAGUGGAGAAUUUAAGAGCGAUUGCCCGCAGGAGGCAUCUCUGUUCAUCAGGGAUCUUGAAGAAGAGUUAUACAUGAAGGACACAGUGAUUAAAAAGCUACAAGAUCAAGUCAGGUCUUUGACCAAAGCAAUUGAAAAAGCCAAUGAUGUGCACCUGUCCUCGGGACCCAAGGAGUACCUUGGAAUGCUGGAAUACAAGAGAGAAGACGAGGCCAAGCUCAUUCAGAACCUCAUUCUUGACUUGAAGCCCCGAGGCGUGGUGGUGAACAUGAUCCCUGGGCUGCCAGCUCUCAUCCUGUUCAUGUGUGUACGCUAUGCAGACUCACUAAAUGACGCUAACAUGCUGAAGUCCCUCAUGAAUAGCACCAUUAAUGGCAUCAAGCAGGUGGUUAAGGAACAUUUAGAAGACUUUGAGAUGCUGUCCUUUUGGCUUUCCAAUGCUUGCCAUUUCCUCAACUGCCUGAAGCAGUACAGUGGAGAAGAGGAAUUCAUGAAGCAUAACAGCCCACAUCAGAAUAAGAAUUGCUUGAACAAUUUUGAUCUUUCAGAAUACAGACAGAUUCUUAGUGAUGUGGCUAUACGAAUAUAUCAUCAGUUUAUUAUCGUAAUGGAAAAUAGUAUCCAACCAAUAAUAGUGCCCAGCAUGCUGGAGUAUGAGAGUCUACAGGGCAUUUCUGGCCUGAAGCCCACAGGCUUCCGGAAGCGCUCGUCCAGCAUAGACGACACGGACACCUACACCAUGGCGUCCCUCCUGCAGCAGCUGAGCUACUUCUACAGCACCAUGCGCCAGAACGGCCUGGACCAGGAGCUUGUGAGGCAGGCGACCAAGCAGCUGUUCUACCUGAUUGGGGCAGUCACCCUGAACAGCCUCUUCCUGCGCAAGGACGUGUGCUCCUGCAGGAAGGGGAUGCAGAUAAGGUGCAACAUCAGUUACUUGGAAGAAUGGCUUAAGGACAAGGACUUGCAGAGCACCUUAGCCAAGGAGACCCUGGAGCCCCUCUCUCAGGCAGCCUGGCUGCUCCAGGUCAAGAAGAGCACAGACAGCGACGCCAAGGAGAUCUGUGAGCGCUGCACCUCUCUGUCGGCCGUGCAGAUCAUAAAGAUCCUUAAUUCAUACACACCUAUAGAUGACUUUGAGAAAAGAGUGACUCCAUCCUUUGUUCGCAAAGUACAGGCUCUCCUGAAUAACCGGGGUGACUCGUCGCAACUGAUGCUGGACACAAAAUACCUCUUUCAAGUCACAUUUCCUUUCACCGCCUCGCCUCACGCUCUGGAGGCGAUCCAGAUCCCCAGCAGCUUCAAGCUAGGCUUUCUCCAUAGGCUGUAGACCAGGCUUUCUCAAUAGAUGAGCAGGAGGGAGGUCCAUGGGUUGGCUAUGAGGGAUGUGGGUAAAUCACUAAAACUAGAAGUGCACUGGACUGUGAUUUCAGGAAGAAAGUCCAGCUCUGCCCAGUGGACGCGCCUCCUCCUCCUCCUCCUCCUCCUGCCACCUAUGCUUCUGCAGCAUUGCAAGAAUCCACACAUACCUGCUGUGAUGGAAAGCCUCUUGUCUUUAUUAUUGUUGUUGCAUGGAGGACUCAGGUUUUCUCCAGGUGCCCUUGGUCUGUUCUGGCUUGUCAUGAAUCCACUCCCAUCCCCAUGGGCAUAAGUAUGGGGGCACAGUAGCUCCUGGGAUUUCUGAGUUCCCGAAACUCAGGAACAUUUAUGAAGCCAUAGAUGGGUUCCAUGGCUGCAUUUUCCAGGAAAGAAUCCCAGGUCUCCUGACCAAACUCCUCUUGUCCCAUGGGCUGCUGGCAGGAAGGAGACAUUGUCUUCUAUUUUGGUUUUAAAAACACCCUUGGGAAGCCAGGCGUGGUGGCUCACACCUUUAAUCCCAGCCCUCGGGAGGCAGAGGUAGAAGGACCACCAUGAGU